AUCUGUCCGUACAAUCCCAUCCUUCUAUAAUCAGAAAGUCCAAUUCCUUGGAGCUUCAUCGAAUGGUAUCAUCUUACCUCAUUCAGAAUGAUCUCAACUGUCAAUAAUAAUCCCUUACAACCUACGAAUACAUCUCCCAUUAAUUUCUCUAGCAGAAAAUGGUUCAGUAUUAGCAGUAGGAUGAGGCCCGCAAUGGCCGAAGCAACUUCUUCUCUCACUUACCAGAAAUUUGUUCAUUUCGCUCUGGAAGAAACCAGAAAGCACACCCACUUAGCCCCUUCUACAUUACAGGAAAGAUUUGGUUGCUUGUCUUCCAUGGAUGGGAGAACACAAAUUCAAGUGCAUUCUUUUGAAUCACCAAAAAUUAGGCUACUUCGAAGUUUGUCUAUAGAAGGGAGUGAUGGAAUGCAGGUCUUGGAUUUUGCCAUCUUUCCCAGAGCAGAAUUUGAUCUUCCGAUUUUCUGUGCUAACUUCUUUACAACUGCAGUCAUCAACAUAGUCGUAUUGGACCUCAAUCCAUUACAUGACGUCAUAAGUCAACAGGAUUACAAGAAAAAAUAUUACACACACUUGAUUCCUCUUGGACUUAAGUAUGGAGAGCUAUUACCAUGGGGAGGAAAGAUUACUGCCGAAUCUAUGAAAUUCUUCUCACCAAUUGUAAUAUGGACCAAGUUUCCUCCAAGUGAGCAUAAGCAUCAUCUUUUAUAUUCUGCUUUCAUGGAUUAUCUCAAGUCAUGGCUUGAACUGAUGGACCAGGCAUCGGGAGAAACUGAUGUUUCUCGGAUUAUGGUCAAUCUUGAAGCGCAACACAAGUAUCUCACUUGGAGAGCUGAAAAGGAUCCUGGCCAUCAAGUUCUGAGAAGAUUAGUAGGAGAGACUCAAGCAAAGGAAAUAAUUAAGAGUUUUCUCUUCUCUGGAGUUGAUGAACUGGGUAGCAGAACAUUUGUUGAUUACUUCCCCGAGUACAAAUGUGAUGAUGGGACUGUAAAUCAGAAGCGCAGUAUGAUCGGAAAAUCAUUUGAGAGUCGCCCGUGGGAUACACAAGGAGAGUUCAUUGGUGACAGAUUAAGCUAGAGAGCAUUAUGUAUUACACUUCUCUUAGCUUCCUUGUAUAUCAGAGCUUUUCUCAUCUCCUACUUGUGUAGAUUAGUGACUUUUACAUUUUUGUUGUUGUUGUUGUUGUUGUUGAAUAAAUAAAUUUUUAAAGACCUCUUCAAAGUGACUUCCA